GCAUGUAUCAAGUUCCUCGGUAAAUUUCCAUGCCCCCAAUGCCUCAUCCCAAAGGACAAGAUUGAUCAGGUGGGAUCAAAACUGGAUAGACUGCGAUGCACACAAGAUGCACGCAUGAAUAACCAUGCUCGCUGGAGCAUGAUUGAGAUGGUCUGA